AUAAAUUCAUAUACAUAUUUUUCCCCCCCCUUUUUUCCCUAUUUCUCUUUUUUUUCCUCCUCUUUUUAAUUGUUUAUAACUAUGAUUGAACCUCAUAAGUCACCCACUGUUAAUAAACAUAAUGAUGUAAAGCUUUUAAUUGACAAGUUUCUUAAACACUUGGAUGGACGAGAAAAGUCAAUGAAGAUCAUUCAAUAUUUUUUAAAAGUCAUUCUUUUAUAUCGACCUCGACCCUUUAUUCACAACUUGACCAAUCAGCUUUCUCUUACUCGACAAUUAUUAUCUUUAGGGACAGCCAUAGAUGAUUUCCAUUCUCUUCAAAGACAACCUACAAACUUAUUCAUCCUUAACCGUAUCGUGAAUGCAAUUGCAGACGAUAUCUAUUGUCUUUGUCGUAUUAUCCAGCCUCGGAAUAAAAGGCUACAACAUUAUGCUGCCUUAAUAGCAGCCUAUUGUUGGUUUAUGAGUAUUCUAGUUAACCUAAAAAGACAAAUGAGAGAAUGGAGUCGAGAUCGAAUGAAUAAAGUAACUGUAUUGAAAUCAAUAGCUGAUUUAGUAUUUUGCGGUAAAAUGAUUAUUUUUUUGUAUCUGUGUGAUGAGCUGUUAUUUAUUUAUAUCUAUUUAAAAAAAAAUGUGUGUUGUUACAUAGGCUGUGAUAUAUUUCAUCCCUCUUGUCAUGGACAGCUUCAAGCAUGGUCAGGGUUAAUAAGUGGUCUAUUGGCUGGCUAUAAAAUGGUGUUGGUGUAAAAGAGGAGGAGGUGAUUUUAAGCGUUCAUGCAUUUCACUCUAUAAUGUUAUUAU